AUGUCCAACCCCGACCUCGGCAUGGUGGACAAGGUGGUGCGCACCGUGGCGGCAAAACUAGGAGAUUCUUCAGUCUGGAGCAAACGGUUCAAGUACCUGCAGCGUGUGAUCUACAACACUAAUCUCGAAGUCCAGGGGAUCCACACGGUUCGCCGGCUCUCAUGUGGAGAUGCGGUGCGACGGCUGUGCAAGGUGCUCGGUGCGUGUAUCUUUCUUCUCUGGGAGCGGAGUCACAAGUUCCAGUUUUGCCUGUUCUUCCUUGCCGACAUCCUCGCCGACAUGAACGACCUCAACCGCUGUUUCCAGAAGCGAGAUAUUGAUGUGACGGAGAUUGCGAAGACCAUCGAGGCCACCACGGCGGAUCUGACUGAGCGGUAUUUGGAUACCGACAAGCAGUUCGGUGGCGAGGGCAAGUGCUGGCUGGUCGGCUUUCUGAAGCUGCACGGGCAUGGUGGAGGCAAGAAGGUCCGUGUGAGAGGCGUGGACGGGGAGGGACGCCCAGUGAACCAUCUGUACACCAUGCACGAGCGGAAGCUCCCGGGGCACAAGGUGGGGAGCGGAUACGAGGAGUGCGUGAAGCUGUGCCGCAGUUUCGCCCGCGAUUGCGUGGACAAUCUCAACGAGCGGCUUGAUGACCUGGGGAAGCUGGGGCCGACGAAGCUGUUUCGGGCCGGAAAGUGGCCGAAGAUCAAGGCACAACGGGAGAAGCAGUGCCGUGAGUGGCUUCUGGGAUGCAGCAAACUCUUCCGCCACAAGCUGCCGGGAUUCGACCUCAAGGCCGCAGAGAGGGAGCUUCCCACAUUCUGUGCGAUCAUGGAGGCGCACCACGAGCUGGAAAGCUUCACGCAGGGACUGACCAACAUUCUCGGGAGCGCGGACUCGAAGAGGUCUAUGAGGAGGAGGCGCCCCGCAAAGAGCGUGAAGCUUGCUGUGGCUGAUCGCGAAAGGAGGGGGAAAGCAAAGGAGGGUGAAGUCGAAGCAGGAGCUGCCCACCAGAACGAUGGGGAGGAGGACGAGGAGGAGGAGGUGGAUGUGGAACAGGCCCUGGGCGACGAUCAGGAGCUUGUGGGGGAGGAGGAGGAGGAGGACAAUCCCUUCCUAUCGGACGAUGAGGAUGUGGAGGAAGUGUUCCACAUCGAUAGGCCUGUGCACUAG